CCGCGACGGACACCAUCUUGGGUGCACGUGAGUGAUUCUUAGUGUUGUGAUUAUAUUCAUGUUCCAUCCAGGAUGACAGACUACGAGCGCAUCAAGCAGACGUGCCUGGAGAAAGGGGAGCUCUGGGAAGACCCUGAUUUCCCCGCUAAUCAGUCCUCAGUGUUUUACUACCAGACUCCCCCUUUUCAUUUUGAGUGGAAGAGAUCUAAGGAAAUAUACCCAAACCCUUCGUUUAUACAUGAUAGAAACGAAGUGUUUGAUGUUAUACCUGGCAAAUUGGGAGACAAAUGGAUGGUGUCCUGUCUCGGCGUCCUGUACAUCACAAAAGGUCUUUUCUACAGAGUUGUACCGGCAGAUCAGAGAGUUGACGAAGCCUAUGCUGGUGUGUUCAGAUUUCGACUCUGGUGGUGUGGACAAUGGCUUGAGGUGCUUGUGGACGAUCGUUUGCCAACAGUUAAUGGAAAUUUGGCAUUUCUCCAAAGCAACCACACAGAGCAGAUGUGGCCGGCACUACUGGAAAAGGCUUACGCCAAAUUGCAUGGGUCCUACGAGGCUUUGAAAUAUGGGAGCUUGCUGGACGGGCUAGCGGACCUUACAGGGGGCAUUACCGAGUCACUGCAGAUGACCGAACUGGCUGAUGCUGAGACCCUGAAGAACUUGCUAAAGAACACGAGUCUAGUUACCGCACACCAUGUGGCCGCUGCACCCGAGGACAAAAUUCCCGAGCUUCAAACAGAAAUGAAUUACGUGGUGUUGAACGUGGAACAGGUGGAAAGCACUAAGGGUCCUGUACACGUCGUACGAGUGCGUCGACCACUUAGUAUUGGAGUAGUACCUGUACCCUACAUUGUACUUAAUUCACAAUCGUGGCACACAAUACCACAACAAGAACGGGAUCGAUUCAUAUCAACGCCCAAAGGAAUUUGGAUGCUCUUCUCUGAUUUUCAACGCGUUUUCACUCGCGUGGAAAUCGUUCACUUAGACUCGGAAACCUGUAGAGCAGAACCGUUUUUAGCUGAUAAACUCAAAUGGCAAAUGAAGAUGCACCAAUCUGGAUGGAAGAGAGGGGUCUCGGCUGGAGGAUGUCGCAAUUACGUGCAUUUUUUCCACACAAAUCCCCAAAUACAAAUAAUCUUAUCUGAACCGGAUACUGUCAUUAUAUCUCUGAACCAGCACUGCAUUAUGGAACCUAAAGUCAUUGGAUUUAGUAUUUACAAAAUUCCUGCACCCCUAAACGAGACUGCGAAAGCCCUAUUCUUUAGGAAAGUAAAAAGUACUAUCAAUUCACAAUAUACAAAUAGUCGGCAGGUUACACACAGAUCACCAUUAGAACCAAGUUCCUUUAUUAUAAUGCCUACAACGUUCGAGCCACGCGACGAAGCUAACUUUACAUUAAGAAUAUUCUCAAACAAACCAAUUAAGAUGAAAGUUCUGGACAAUCCCCCUAAAAUGAUAAAGACUGCUUUAGUGAAGGCACCACCGGUAGUUGAAGUAAACAGCUUUGCGCAGUACGAAGCGGUGUUUCUCCAAUUAGCCGAUGAACACAAGACUAUAGACCCAUUUGAAUUGCAAGAAUUACUAGAUGCCUGCCUUCCAAACGACUACAUCAAGAGCUGUGCUUCCAUAGACACGUGUAGACAAAUUGUUUUGUCUUUAGAUAAAAAAGGCACAGGUCGCAUAUCGCUGUCAGACUUCAAGGACCUCAUGUGCAGUUUAAAACAUUGGCAACUUGUCUUCCGGACGCAUGCAAGAGAGAAAAUGGGAGUUCUCAGAGCGGAAAGAUUUCGGGACGCCUUAAGAGAUGUCGGUUUCAUAGUACCCGAGAAAGUAAUGAACCUUCUAGUGUUAAGAUAUAUGAGGAAAGACGGCAUGUUAAGAUUCGGCGAUUUCGUUUCUGCUGUUAUGCAUCUACACCGUGCUUUUGAAAUAUUCAACAAAAGCAACACUCUUCGAACGGAAGGUAUCCAAAUGAAUCUAACCGAGUGGCUGAAGAAUGUAUUUAUGUGCUAAAAACACACUGGCGGUGAUUGUGAUUGCAAUUGGACUCAGAAGAGAGCUGACAUCGACUGGACUGUUGUGGCACCCAGCGUGGUCUUAGCUUGAUGCAGGGCCAUAGGUCUGACUUAAAAUGGGAUCAGUCUUCAAGAUUACCAUAAAAAAAAAAUCAUAAAUGUUUUGGUAGUUUUAAAAACCAGUGUUAUGGUAAUCAAUGCCAUUUACCUCUUAGUUUGUACGAAAUCGCUAAACGACCGGCAGUUUAUAGCAACUACAUAGUUAUCUACAUUUAGAUUUAGUUAAAAUACAAUAUUACCUUUGUGAAAGUUUAACCAGCUCACUUCACGGUUGUGAUAAGAUUUCUGAUAAAAUUAUUAUAUUAAGGAUUAAACUGUCAAACACCGCGAGGACACCGGUGACCGCAACCUAUUGUUCUUUAAUUGUGUCUAUAAUGACGGUACUCAACGAGUUAAGUUAGUCAUUUACGUGUCGUGAGUUUCUAAAAAAUGAGUACUUUUCUUGUAUCUUUAUCAACAUUUUGAAGUGUGCAAUGUAUAUCUUGAAAUAUGUUUUUUGCUAAUACCGAGUGGGCAUGCAUAGUUUUAUACAUUAGUAUGUAAUGUAAAUACAAAAUAGAAUAUUAUCUAGUGGUAAUACUCUAUUUUUGUAUGUAGGUAAGGCUGCGUUUCAACAGACGCUAAGCUACACCGAGCUGAGCAGAGCCUUAUAAAAAUUGACUAACACAUUGCUCAAAUCAAAAUACACAUCUCAUCUCCGCUCCGAUUCAGUGGAAAUAGUGGCAGCGGAGUUGAAAUAUUAACAUUAAAGUACGUGGUGUCGAGGUGAGUGGAGUUGCGCCGGGUGAAACGGUGCUAUGCGGUGAUGAGCUCAAUUGAGCUAUGCCGGGGGAAGCGGAGCUGUUCAGUGUAGAGCCCGCUCUAACUGACGUCCGGGACGACUCUCGAGUCGCCGGACCGCACACGCUGCUCAUGAAGUCCCUUGGUGGCACGAAACUAGUAGAGCAAAUUGUUGUUCUUUAAAGUACCUAAUCAAUUUGCUUUAUUAUCAAUAUUCGACAGCGGAGUUGCAAUACCAGCAGUUCGCGAGUAGGAGUGUGAUCUCUGGCAAUGUGAACGUAACACUACGUUAGGUAAUGUAUUUAUUUCAUCACCAUAUAUACAUAUUAUUGGAAGCAAGUGCCUAUAACAGCUCAUAAAUAGGACACAUUUAGAUUUUUCCGUGGAGCUUGGUGACCGGGCUUCUCCCAGUCGUGCAGAAUUUUUUGUGCCUUUAGACUUAAGUUAUUCCGUCUCCUGCAUAAAUUCACCGGGAGAAGUGAAUACUAUCGUUUCCUUCUUCUGAUUUAUUUCGUUGCGGAAUCCAAGAAGUAAUUCAUGUCCCUGGUACGCGCCGGACUUCAGUGUUCCGGUGUUUAUUCAUGGUUGUGUCUACUGUAAAUCCUGGCAUACCGGAGUUGCAGCGGAUUUUGGGAGUUUGUGGCGGGUUUGUCCCAAAAAAGAGCUCCGCUCAGCUAGUCUCAGCUCUUGUCCGCUCAACUUCACUCUGGGUGUCUCAACUCCGCUCAGCUCCACUCCACCCAGCUACACAGAUCAGCCCUGCACCGGUCAUCUACGCAGUUAUAGUAAAAACACCUACCUAUUCACACGACCCUGCACCGCUGAACGGCUGAACUCCGCUCCGCUUCUGUGGAAACGCACCCUCAAAGGCGGUGUUAAGACGUUUUCAGCAAGCUUUUAAUUUUACCUACCUACUCUAAUAAGUUUGUUGUGUAGUACCUAAGCUAUUGGUCAUAAUAGUGAGUUUUCUCAACACUAUAAAUACUCAGUGCAUUUGUUAUUUUAAUUAGUUUCUUAUAUUUGUCAUUUGUUUAAGAAUAGCUACUUAAAAUAAGAAUUAUUGAAUAAGAAAGUCCUAUAAUCUUGUUGUUGUUCUAUUGAUACUUAAAACUAACGUCUAUCUUGUGUACGAGCCUAGGUAACGACAGAACUAAUCAAUUAGGUAACGGCGAAUUCUGGCAAUCCAAUAAUAGCAUAAAUGUGAAAAUCAAUUAGUCUCGAUCUAUUUUUCAUAUUUAACACCAAUGUAACCUAUUUUAUUAUGUAACUAAACUUAGUUUUAGUUACCUUUAUUUUACCUUAUUUUUACUAAAACUGUUUAUUCAACAUUUAAACUAUUAUCUUCUUUACGUCCCAUUUCCAGUAAAUCAUCUAGAAAACUAAACACCUAUGUAUCCACACACGGUACUCAUUAAGUAGGUACUAAAGUAUGCAUGUGAUUGUGCAGUGUAUAGAACAAGAACUCCAACGAUCUCGCUUGACUCAAAAUAAAUAUUUAAUUACAUAUUAUACUUUUUUACUUUCUAAUAAAUAUAUACAUUUAUAGGUAAUGUGUAAAUAAUAGGAUCGUUAUUCCACCGAGUCGGUACUUACUUACCUAGAUUAUUUUAGUAUAUUUCCUAAAUCACAAAUUAUAAAGCGUCAUAGGUACAUACCUACGUCGCACUAUUUGUUUUGGU